AUGGAUUGUCUAAAUAUUUCUUCUAGAGCUAUUGUUAAGGAAUUUCUACUUGAUAAUGGAAUUAGUAGCAAAGAUAUUCUUGAUGAUGAAAAUAAAGUUGGAGCAAACUGUAUUAGCUGGUUUACUGAAGAAGAUGAGAUAAGAAUAAGGAACAAGUUGUAUAAUAAAUUUGUUCAACUCUUAGAAAGUGGUGAAGUUCGCAAUCAACUUACUUCUAAGCUAUCAGAGCUAGUGAUGCCAACUUCUCAACAGUUUGGUGAAACACUUGUUGCUUGUAGGAAUGAAGGAUUAAUGAGACUUGAGCUUACUGUUCACUCUCCUGAGUUGAAGGAAGUAGAAUGGAACACAAACUUAAUUGUUAAUACUCUUGAGUUUCUUCAUAACUGCAGGACAUUUGCAACAUCUUAUGAAAAGCAAUGGAUGGCACUAGUUGAUCAGAUUCAUAACAAACAUAUGUUGUGUAUUUACUUCCAUAAAGAACAUUCUCUUGGUUACUGCCAUUGGUUCAAUAAAACAACUAAGAAGAAACAAGGAAUAGCUAAAAAGUUGAAAAAGAAUGAGGAUAUGAUGACUGUUGUUUCUAAUCUUACAUUCAAUGGACACCCAACUGUUCUUCUUACAUAUGCUACUAGUAGUGGUCCUCUUGAAUCUGAAGUUGUUCUAAGAAGAGAUAGUACAAACAUCACUAUUGUUCCUAGUCAGAGAAACUCCUUCUGGCCAGUUGCUUCAAGAGAAAGACAACAACAUACAUUUGCUGAAAUGGGACUUAUUAACUAUCGUGGAAUACAUAUUGAUUUGUUAGCAGCUCAGCAAGCAAGAGAGAAAGUUAGGCUUUCAACUCUCUCAAUUGUUAGUGAUAAUACUGAUGGUUUAGGAAUAGAUGACCUUCUUGCAGAUAUUAGCAAUAUUGAACUUGAUGAUCUAGAACCUACAUAUUUAAGAGAAAAUACUGAUCUCAAGCCAGCUAGAUAUAAAGUUGCUUACAACAUACUUCAUGUUGGUGAUGAGUUCUUAGUUAGUUAUUACUUCCUAUAUACUUUUAGAGGAUUACCUUUCUACUAUCUAGAUAUUUCUAUGAUUCACAAUGAAAUAGUUAGUAGCACUCAUACACUUAUCAAAGUACUGGCAAGUAGUCUAUUUGGUGAAUGUAUUGCUUCUGUUAUUGGCCAACCAAAUCAAGAAGUGGUGCUUAAAGUAACUAGAAUUCAAAAUCGUAUUAUCCUUACUGAGAGGAUCUAG